AAAUAUAGUUCUUGUUUCCGCAGGGGUAGAAUUCAUUGCCACACCUCAGGCUUGCUUCUCACAUGAAUGGAGUGAUAUUAGCUGUAAAAGUGAUUGACGUAGGAAUGGAAACCGGGUGUAUAGAUUUCAGAGUGAACCAUUUUAUUCCGUAGCUUUCGAUUUAACAUAGGGCAGUUUCCCUUUAUUCAACUUUAAGGUGUCUGUGUGUGUGUAGCUGAAGCUUAGUAGCCGCUAGCCAAAAGCUAACGUACCAGUUAGGCUCGGUAACGUUGACAGCAUCGCUAGCGUGCUAGCUAGUUGUCCCUGCUCUUAACAACAUAAACCAAAAACAGAGCAAAGAUGGUUGAAUCAGUACUUGACCUCCCGGUGGAGAAGCAGAUAUUUUAUGCAGUUUUAGGGUUUUCGUGGGCAGUGUAUCUAUGGGAGGCAUACCUUUCUUACAGACAGAGGAGGAUAUACAGAUCAACAGCACAUGUGCCACAGGAACUGGGGGAGAUCAUUGAUUCUGAAACAUUUGAGAAGUCACGUCUUUAUCAGCUCGAUAAAAGCAACUUCAGCUUUUGGUCUGGACUCUAUUCUGAGACAGAAGGGACGUUGAUCCUGCUCCUGGGUGGAAUCCCGUUUCUCUGGGACGUUGCUGGUUCUGUGACGGCUCGCUUUGGAUUUGGCUCAGAGUACGAGAUCACCCAGUCACUCGUAUUUCUGAUGCUCGCCACCCUGUUUAGUGCCUUGACUGGACUUCCCUGGAGUUUGUACAACACUUUUGUCAUUGAGGAGAAGCAUGGUUUUAACCAGCAGACAAUUGGGUUUUUCCUUAAGGAUGCUCUAAAGAAGUUUGUUGUGACCCAAUGUAUCCUGCUGCCUGUCACCUCACUGCUCCUGUACAUUAUCAAGAUUGGUGGGGAUUACUUUUUCAUCUACGCCUGGCUCUUUACACUGGCUGUUUCUCUGGUACUCGUAACAAUCUAUGCUGACUACAUCGCUCCCCUGUUUGACAAGUUCACUCCUUUGCCAGAAGGGGAGCUGAAGACAGAUAUUGAGACUAUGGCUAAGAGUAUAAGCUUCCCACUCACUAAGGUUUAUGUAGUUGAAGGCUCCAAGCGUUCGUCUCACAGCAACGCAUACUUCUAUGGGUUCUUCAAGAACAAACGUAUCGUGCUGUUUGACACUCUGCUGGAGGACCACUCACCUCUCAACAAGUCUGUAGAGCCUGAGCAGCCAGAGAGCGAUGAUACAUCCAAUGAAUCAAAAGCCAAGCCCAAGAUCAAGAAACAGGGAUGCAACAACCCAGAAAUCCUUGCAGUCCUCGGUCAUGAGCUUGGCCACUGGAAGCUUGGCCAUACUGUCAAGAAUAUCAUCAUCAGUCAGAUGAAUUCUUUCUUGUGCUUCUCCCUGUUUGCUGUUCUGAUUGGACGCAAAGAGCUGUUUAUGGCUUUCGGCUUCAAUGACAGCCAGCCCACCUUAAUAGGCUUGAUGAUUAUCUUCCAGUUCAUCUUCUCCCCAUACAAUGAGCUCCUGUCCUUCUGCCUGACAGUCCUGAGUCGCAGGUUUGAGUUCCAGGCAGAUGCUUUUGCGCGCGGCAUGGGCAAAGCCUCCGAGCUCUACUCUGCCCUCAUCAAGCUCAACAAGGACAACCUGGGCUUCCCUGUUGCUGACUGGUUGUUCUCCAUGUGGCACUAUUCUCACCCUCCCCUCCUGGAGCGCCUCAGAGCGCUGGGCAACAUCAAGCAAGACUGACGGGGCUGGAAGGGGGAACGCUGGUCACUGUCUCCUCCAAAGGGCCUCCGCAGACCACUCCUGGCCCUGUGAUGCACCUGGUUUUUCUGUCAAUCCCCCAUAUUGUUUUAUCUUGUUUUAGUAAUUUCUCUAUUUGCCAUACUCUUUAUUCUGCUCCCUUUUGAAACUGUUGUAAACACAACCAAAACAUAUCAGCAUAAACCAGCCUGAAAAAGCCUUCAAGUCUCUACUCUUUCUCAAGAGACACCUCUGGUAUUCACUUGCUGAGAGCAACACUUCUGUGCAUUGUGUAUUGAGCAAAAGCUGUUGUCAGAUCACAUUUUGCAGCUUGAGCGAGAGGUUUAGUUUUUGAAGUUAUUUUGUUUGCAUACAAUUUGAUUAUGACUUUGUUCUUGUUCUUAAAAGGAACAAGACAAUGUGUAUUUCACAACAUGAAGUUUUACUUGAAGCAGAACUGUGUGUUUCUGCUGUGAUGUAUAAAUGACAUCCAGCUGUGAAGGAUGUGAAAAUAUUUUUUUAGGCUUAGGAUGUACUUAAUCCAGCAGUAUACUAAGUUUUAUUUAUGGUGGAUUUCUAAAAAGCAAAAAAAAACCAAAAAAAAAAGACAUGAAUUGUGGGCAGACUGACAACUUGACAACUUCAUCUGUGCUCAUGACAGUGCUUUUUGCAGAUACACAGGCCGGACUUUGAUUCGUCUCUCUCAAGUGCAUUUGUGACUUCUUCAGAAUUCUCUCCAGGCAGGAGUAAGAACAUUAAUCUGGUUAUCAGCUCAAAUUCUCACUUUGUCAGAGGAACUAUGUAAAUGCUUUGUCACAGUGAUGACAUGUGAGGGUCUCUAAUUUUCUCUAUUUAUCUUCAAGUAAUGGGCAUGUGAUGAACAGAGCAGUGCAGAAAAUUUCAUUUGAAUUUAGGUUAGACUUGUGAUUUUUAUUUUUUUACAUGCGUUGGGGGAUCUUGUUCUACUUUUUUCUAAAGCACUUGGCUACAAGGAUCCAACCACACCUGUACAUAGUAACUUGAUGAGUAGAGUAACAGCGUACAAUGUGAAUAGUGAAAAAUGUUGAAUGUGGUUUGAAAUUUUAAGUUGAUACUCUGUUUCUUCUUUUCUUCUUGAUUUUGGUUGGGAUUGAGCCUAGAGAUGUCUGGCAAAGUAUUCAUAGGGGACUUGGGGAAGAGAGUCUGUGAGGUUUCUUCCACCACUUUAACCAGUGCUUGGUUUGUUCAUCAAGGGCACUGUAUACUUUUCUUUGCAACAUUAAAUAAAAUCCUUAAAGGCA